CAGGAACUUGGCAGGUUGACAUCAGGGCCCAGCCAGUGGCUGGUGGAGUUUCCAACACAGGAUGAGAAAACAAAGGAAGGACCGUGCAGAGGAAAAGCCGUCUUCCUGACGACAUCGAGCAGAGCGGAGACGGGACAUGGAAUAUGAAGCGAAGAAAGCGAAAAAGGGGUUUGUGUCUCCCAUCAAGAGGCUGGUUUUCCCCAAGGCGGCUCGAAAACAGGCCCUCAAGAACGUCGUCUGCCGGCGCCCUCUGCACUCUGUCCCGCUGUAUCCCCCGGACUAUCUCAUUGACCCCCACAUCCUGCUACACGACUACGUGGAAAAAGAAGUGAAGUUUUUAGGCCACCUGACCUGGGUGACGACUUCCUUGAACCCCUCCAGCCGCGAUGAGCUCUUGCAGCUUCUGGAUACUGCCCGGCAACUAAAGGAGCUUCCGCUGAAGACGACCCCCGAGCAGGACAGUAUCCUGAGCCUUUCGGCCCGUUGCCUGCUGCUCACCUGGCGGGACAACGAGGAGCUCAUCCUGAGAAUCCCCACCCAUGAGAUCGCUGCUGCCUCCUACCUGCGGGACGAUGCACUGCACCUCUUGGUGCUCAAAACAGGCCUGGGCGUCGAUCCUGUCCCCGCGGGGGACUCUUAUCCCGGAAGCCUUCAGGAGAAGUUCCCUGGGGCGCCCUCCGAAAAGCGACCGAUGGAAGCCAGGCAGCUGGGGGCCACCACCGAGCGGCGGCACACCAUCUGCAGCCUGGACUGGAAGAUGUCCCGGGGCGGGCAGGAGGGGAGGCCCAGCGGGGGAGGAAGCCUGGAGAGAAAGCAGGCCAGCGGGAGCUGGGAGAAGAGGCAGGCGGGCGGGGGCCGGCCCUUCGGGAGCUGGGAGCGCCGGCAGACCUACAGCGGGAGCUGGGAGCGCCGCCCUGCUGGAAAAGCCGGGGGCAGCUGGGAGUGCAGGCGAGCGGGGCAGCCCGGAGGCGGCUGGGAGCACCGGCAGGCCUUCAGCGGGAGUUGGGAACGCGGCAAGACCUGCGGCAGCUGGGAGAGGAGGAACACGGGGGACAACCCGCUGGCCGAGCCCAAGCGGCCCAGCCCGGAAGCCUACUGCAACCUCGUCAUCCUGGCUGUGACUAACAGAGACACGGCUGAGGAAUCCUGCGCUCUCAUCUGCCAGGUUUUCCAGAUCAUCUAUGGGGACCAGACCAUUGAGUGCGUGGACCGGGCUGGCUACCAUUACACGUCCACUCCGAAGCGUCCUUGGCUGUCCAGCCGCAGCGAGAGCUGCCGGACGGAUGGGACCUAUGCGUACGAUGCUGACUUCAGCUGCUGCAGCUCCUUCGACGGCUCCCACGAAAACUUCGAGGCCUGCCGCAGCGGCGCCUCUUCCCCCUCGUUCUGCCAGUCCCACCACAGCCUCGCCACGGCCUGCAGCGGGAGUGACCACAGCAGUGCCGGACUGGAGCAGCUUCAGGAGUACAUGGUCACGCUGAGAAACAAGCUAACCCCGCAGGAAAUCCAGCAGUUUGCCUUAUUGCUCCGCGAAUAUCGGAUGGGCCUGGCUGUCGAGGCCUAUUGCGCCGGCCUUCUCCAGCUCUACGGGGACAAACGGAAGUUUCUUCUCUUGGGUAUGCGGCCGUUCAUUCCUGACCAGGACAUCGGUUACUUUGAGGGCUUCUUGGAGAACAUCGGCAUCCGGGAGGGAGGGAUCCUGACUGACAGUUUUGGGCGCAUCAAGCGGAGCAUGAGCAGCACCUCGGCCUCGGCCGUGCGCAGCUACGACAGCUGGUCCCUGCGCUCCGAUCCGGAGUCCUUCAACCGCAUGAUUACAGACAUCACCCACGACAUCGAAGCCCUGGCGCGGAACGAGGAGGAUGAAGAGGGUGAAGAUGAUACCGACGAUGAGGAUAAUUAUCUGUGAGGAAGGGGCCGGGCUGGGGAAGCUGUGGAGG